UUUUUUCAGUCUCGGGGCUGAACUUUAGACCCUGAAUGGGGAUUUGGGGAAUACCUUUACCAUGAUGUUGUAAACCCGGACGGAAAUGAUUGUCGAUGGCUUUUUGCUGGCUGUUUUUUUAUGCAGGACUGAUCUGCUUGAAAAAUAAAACAGCAAUAGCUUGAAAGAUUGUGUCAUUUUUUCUCCGAAAAUUAUUAGUGGGACUUUGUGACCAAGUGCACAGAGUGGCAUCGGUCAGUUUAUUGGCCAGUGUAUGCAUGUAGACAGCAGCCCAUUCAUUCUAUCAAAAUGGCUUCCAGUAGUAAGAUGUCUACUGCCAAUGCACUAGCAGGAGUUUUCAUGGAUGCACCAGAUAGCCCUGGGAGUUCAUCCUCGGAGGAAAGUGGCUUUGAAGACCCCAGUCAUGAAGUGACAGUGACAUCACUUCAGAGAGUGACACGGAGAGUGACAAUUCUGAUGUGGCACCGCCGCCGAGAAAGAAGCUUCUAGCAAAUAUUUGGCCGAAACAAAGCGGACAACUACCUGCUCCUCAGCCGCCACAAGUGCCUCCCCCUGCCGCCCCCGUGCGUGGGCGGCGAGGCCGUCCUCACGGACGGGGACUUGGCCGUUGCCGGGGCCGUAUGAUCCAGCAAUCAGCACCAGCACAGCCAGCACAAGUAACGGCAUCAGAUGGAACCAUUUGGUGCCGCGAUCCGGGAACAACUGCAAGAACGGCAAGGCGCAACGUAGUGACGGAAAGCCCGGGGCCAAGAAAUAUCGACGGAGCGAAGACACCGAUGGAGAUUUUCCAAUUGUUCUUUCCAGCGGCCAUGUUGCACAUCAUCUUGCAGCACACCAACGCCCAUGGCGCAAUGAAAAGAGGACGGGAGUGGGUGAACGUGGCAUUGAUGGAGCUACAUUCCGUCCCGGGUCUCCUGCUGUACCUCGGGGUGACAAAAUCGGGGCACGAAAGAGUGCGUUCUUUCUGGCAGCAAGGAUUUUUCAGCAGACCACUAUGCCUGGCCACCAUGAGCGGUACCCGAUUCCAGGAUAUUCUUGCAAUGUUGUGUUUCGAUGACAGGAAGACUCGCUCACAGAGAAAAGUCUCGGACAAGUUUGCUCCCAUCAGAGAAAUCUUUGAUAUGUUCGCUCAGGCCUGUCGCCGAUACUUCAGCCCCUCGGAAAGUGUGACUAUCGAUGAGCAGCUUGUUGCAUUUCGAGGCAAGUGCUCCUUCAAGCAGUACAUGCCGAAAAGCCAGCAAAAUAUGGAUUGAAGUUUUGGGCUUCGGUUGACAGUAAGCUGCGCUAUUUGCACAACAUUCAGCCAUACACAGGGAAGCGGGACGAGCGGGUAGAACGUCAACUUGGGGCCCGUGUUGUCAAGGAACUUGCCGAGCCGUUGUUUGGGACGGGCCGCAACAUCACGGCGGACAACUUCUUUGUGACCAAAGACUUGGCCAAUUACCUGUUCACUAAGAAGAUGAAUCUUGUGGGAACAAUCAAAGGAAAUCGCCGUGAGGUUCCCAAGGAAAUGCGGAAGGAGAACACACGGAACCGGCCAGCGAAAUCAGCAGAAUUCGUGUUCAACAACAUAUCGACACUGGUUUCAUACGUGCCCAAACCCAAGAAGAACAUUUUGCUUCUGUCAUCGAUGCAUCGUGACAAAGCAACUCACCCAACAACGAAGAAACCAGACAUCAUCACCUACUACAAUGCCACCAAGGCCGGUGUGGACACAGUCGAUCAAAUGUGUUCCCUCUAUAACUGUGCCCGUAUCACCAAGCGCUGGCCUAUGGUGGUAUUUUACCACCUGCUCAACUGUGCCGUUAUCAAUAGUUUUGUCAUCUACCUGCAAGUCAACCCAGAUCUGCGCGGUGAGGAGAGAACCCGUCACAUCUUCAUCCACCUACUCAUCAGGGGCCUCAUCAAUCCACAGAUCGCGACCCGCCUGAAACAGCCCCAGCGACUGCGCACGACCGUGAUGAAUGCCAUGGAAGGCUUGGGGUUCAAUGUCGCGUACCCAGCCGUGGCACCCGCUGCACCCCAAGAGUUGCCGCCCCAGAGAAGGUGCGCCUUCUGCCCCACGGGCAAGCGGAAGAGAACCAGGCGUCGCUGCUGUGAAUGCGACAAAUUUGCUUGUACCCAACACAGCGCCAGCGAGAUAACAACUUCCGUCACCUGCAUAGAGUGCUUGUCAGCUGAAUGACUGUAAAAGUCAACGUCCAACAAACCGGUCCAAGAACUUUGGAACACUUUUCCCACUACAAACUGCUUCACCCGAAGAUUUUCUGCCCCGGGUUAAACUUGGGGUUUGUUAACCCCGAGUUCGGGUUCUGUUCGGGUUGAGACAUGCACACUACCAACAACAUGCUGAAAUACGUGUUCCCUAUUUUACGGGAUACACCAUCAAAUUAGAUUUCGAGUAACUUCUGUUUGGUUAUUUUUACGGAACAGAUUCGUAUCAAGUCGGCUUUCUUUCCCAGGACGGCGUCCUCGUGGUCAAAGGGACGAUUUUUAUAAUUUUAUAAUUUGAAGUUUGCGAACAGCUUUUAGAGAUCUGGCCAAAGUCCAUUUACAACGUAAAUAUAUUACGGCUUUCACCCAACGAAAGGCAAGUGAGGCCACCGAGCGCACCAAAUCUGGACGAGCCCUAGAGUGCUGCUUCUGGCCGGACAAAACCAUCCUUCCAUCGAGCACAAGUCAAAAUUCGGUUUGCACUGCCAUUUAUGACAUCAUUAGUCUCAUAUGGAGUGCAUGGUGUGUAUGAGUUUACCAUCUCUGGAUUGGUGUUCGGUCAACACCUUCCUCUUUCUAUCCCCAACUAGGACGUGACCGUUUUUCAUGACUGCGACACCCACGAGGUACACUCCUGUCUUGCCAACCUCACUCUCCCGUACGGUGCGGAACUCAUGGGCUAGUGUCGCGUCUCGACGGUACACGAGUACCUUACCAGGGUGAGCACAAACCCACUGGUUUGACAUAGCAACAGCGUCAUCUGGGAAAGAAAAUAAUUUUAAAUGAAAUGAUCACAAUUGUCAGAGGUAUUUUGUUAUGAUCAGACUAUUUUCAAAAUAUGAUAUUUAAACCUAAGUAGUGUAAAGUUUGCGGCUAAACUUAGACCUUCAUAAAUCUGUCAAAUCUCUGGAGCACAGAGUAUUUCUACAGUGGUUCCUUGCAUAAAUAGCUAUAUAUGUAUUUAGAUCUCAUACACUUGCAGUGGUACUGCUUAAUAGCUUGCGUGGAUUGGACGCUACAGAAAUGCCACAUAGGCACGUUUUGCAAGAGUCUUUUUACCUGUGAUCCUGAACAAAAGGAAGAGAUAGUUUCCAUGAUUUAUUCCAUGUUUUGAAUAGGUUAGGUUUGCGGUUACACUAUGCAGAAAAUAUCUCUGAUAUAAGUGUGUGGUUCUGAGAACUGAUAAUGGUGAACACUCGACGUAGGGAACAGUAUGCUCUGUUCGUCUUCAGAAGGGUGACUGACUACCAUGUAAUUCAUAACCAUGAAACAUCAAAUAUCACUUACACUGUUUGUGCCUCUCUGAAAAUUACAGGAAAUUGGACUUUCUGGUAAACGAACAAAGCAUACUGUUCGGAACAUCGAGUGUUCACCAUCGGUUCUUCUCAGAAUCACACACUCGUAAAAGAGAUAUUUUCUACAUGGUGCAACCGCAAGCCUAACAUAUUCAGUACUUCCACAAUGCAUAGCUUCAAGUGCUACCUAUUCUAUGUUUUGUCGAGUUCUCCAAAUGAUUUGAGCCUAUUAGAUUUCUUAACACUCAAAUGCAUUUUAUAUGAGCCACUACAGUCUAUUGGAAGUUUAUCAGAAAGUCCGAUUUCCUGUGAUUUUUAGAGAGAACCAAACAGUGUAAAUGAAAUUUGAUGUUUCUUGCUUAUGAAUUGCAUGGUUGUUGUAUGAUCACGAUUCUUCAUGUGGAAGACAUAUAGGUAAUUAUAGUUGACUGCUUUCAAGGGAUUUAUGUAAAUAGACUCGUCGUAAAUAGUAUUAUUUACCAACAGAGGUAGUGACUUGAUUUGUCUGACAGUCUAACCUUAGAGUUCACUUAUUGUUAGUUCCAAUUUGUACUCUCAUGCUAUUUUAGAUUUCGAACCCGAUUGAUCUGAUGUAGCUGCGGAAGUAGUUUCAAUAAUGGAGUUUGGAAACGUUUAAUGUGUGUGACGCAGGUUAAAUGUUACAAGUGGUACUCUUCUCCAUUUUUAUGUCGAUAUACCUUUAAUAACAAAAACAAAAACACCCCCUCCCCAAAGAUAUUGAAACCUCAGCGUGUUAAAUCAUUGCAACAAAAGUAUCACCGUGUAUUGUCCAAUCUCUGUUUUUAUGAGUACUUAGUAUAUUACUCGGAUACUAAAACCUAAGCUUACCCGCUGAGGUAAAAGUAUUUUUCAUGAAAACGGAGCGCUCACAAGCUAAUGGUUGUCAUAAUUACCUUUGAGCAGCGUACAUAUUUUAACAGAGUGAGAAUGAACAGGAUGCGUAUUUCAACAUCUUUACAAACUUUGGGAUGGGGGCCACCGUGAUUUGUGAAAGUCAUUCUCCUUUUAUCGUGAUUCACGAUAUCUUUAGUCGGCUAUCUGGGAUUGAUCUUCACCACACACGGGGUGAUGAAGGCAGUGGACACCAACCUUUCGGUACUCAGUAAUUUUAUGUUAUACAAAAAGUCAAGACCGAAUCCCAACCUGCAGUCUGCAACGGGCCAUAGCAACCACACGCCUCUAGAAUGGGGCGAAACUGAGAUUUUUAUAUUGAAGAAAUACAACUGGAUUAUGUAAUCAUAUUCCAAGCGACAUGGGUAAAUGCAAAUGAAAGACACCUCUGUACCCAUUCCACAUCACGAUCAAAUGAGAACACUGUCAAUAAUCAGGUGCAACACAUCAUUGAGGGUUCUCUGACAUGUUCAUGGUAACGCUGAUUCUUUUGAAAUAUUGAGUAACUUUAUUUUAUUCCAUACGUUCGUUCAGCUCUCCUCUUUCAUACUGAACGUCUAAGGUCAUAUGAAAUUACGUUAAUUGAUAUUGUAAUCAAACGUGGCUUUGGGGCAUGAUCAAUAUGAAUUUCAAACAUGUAUUCCUGAAUAUAACUACCCUAAAGACAAAGAGCCUGAAAGUUGACCCCUGAUUGCGUGUCUUCGGAGCCCUUGAAUGGGAGAAAUAAUGUAGAAAAACCUGUACAA